CGCCCAGCGAGAAGCUGGCAAAGGAACCGGGCCGAGGGAGGCAUGGCCCGGCCUAGGCCCGCCUCGGGUUAAAGUUCUCCCGCCUGCGACACGGUUUCCCCCUCGGCAACCAUGGCCGCGUCGCUAGGCCGGUUCUCGAUGCCUGCGCUGCCGUCCUCCCGCCUGGCCUUGUUCUGCGCCUCGGUCGCCGUGGUGGGCCUGGGAGCCGCCGCGGCCUGGCGCUGGGGCCGGCGCCGCGCACGCCGAGAGCUGGUGCGGGUGGGCGCCGUGUCCAGCCUCGCCAUCUACCCGGUCAAGUCCUGCCAGGGGCUGCCCCUCGAGAGCGCCGAGCUGACCAAGCUGGGCGUCCGCAGCGGAGACCUGCGCGACAGAUUUUGGCUCGUGAUUAAGGAAGAUGGUCAUAUGGUCACAGCUCGGCAGGAGCCUCGCCUGGUUCUGGUCUCUGUAAAUUGUGAAAAUGGUCUCUUAAUCCUGAAUGCUCCAGAAAUGAAGGAACUGACCAUCCCUAUCACUGCUCCUAAGAACAAUCCAGUGAAGACUUGCAGGGUGUUUGGGCUUGAUAUUCAAGGACGGGACUGUGGUGAUGAAGUGGCUCAUUGGUUCACCACUUUCUUGAAGUCAGAACCAUAUCGGCUGGUACAUUAUGAGACCAACAUGGCGCCAAGAAAAUGUGAAAAGAUUCACAAACCUUUUCAACCUAAUGAUGAGGUUCCCUAUAGUGACUGUGCCCCCCUCUUAAUCAUCUCAGACGCUUCAAUGGAAGAUUUAAAUUCCAGAAUGGAGAAGAAAAUCAACAUGCGGCAUUUUAGACCAAACAUUACUGUUUCAGGCUGUGGAGCUUAUGAGGAGGACACCUGGGGCAAAGUUAUAAUUGGUGAUGUGGAACUGAGAGAGGUGAUGGCAUGUGGCAGGUGUCUUCUUACAACUGUUGACCCAGAAAACGGCAUCAUAGACAGAAAGGAGCCACUGGAAACACUAAAAAGCUACCGCAUGUGUGACCCUGCGGACAAGCAUCUCUACAAAUCUGCUCCCUUGUUUGGGAGCUUUUUCACAGUAUCUAAACUUGGAACCAUUAAAGUUGGAGACCCUGUGUAUAAGAUAAUCGAAUGUUAGGAAGGGGUCAGAGGACUCUUUGCCUUAAAGUGCUUGUCUGUUCAGCAGUUGCAAUGUUGUUAUCAUAGGGCACAAACCAGCCAAAUUUCAGCAUUUAAAAAUUCCUACUGAUAUCAGUGAAAGAAAUUUAAGCACCUAUGUGUCUUGUUCAUUCAUGUGCCAAGUGUUUAGUUUUGGCUAAUUUGUGCCCAUACUUCCUGCCAGUUAUAAUUUUACUUGGCUUCUUAGAGAAAAAGACCUGCAUUGUAAUUUGUAACUCAGAUUCGUAUAAUGUUACCAGAUAAUUGUUUAUUACCAACAUUUUGAAUUGAACUCUUGAAAGAUGCCGAAACUUUAUGGGGGUGGAAACAGGAGUCAUGUGGUAUACUGUAAAGACUAACAGAUAUUUUUUUGUAGGCAGGAUCACUUUGUUAUACCCAUGGUGUUAUCUUUAGUGUCUCUCUCUUGUUUUUUGGUCACUGUUUUGGAAAGGCAGCAUUUAAAAUAGAUAAAUAAAUAUAUAUCUGUUAAUUGAUUA